AUGUUGAGUGUUGAUAGAGCUGACUUUUGUCCAACGAACACCUAUGACGAUAAACCGCAAUCAAUUGGCUACAAUACCACUAUCAGCGCUCCUCAUAUGCAUGCGAUAACAUUGGAAACACUGAAGGAUCACCUGAAGAAGGGGGCCAGCGCAUUGGAUGUUGGCUCUGGUUCAGGCUACAUAACUACUUGUAUGGCCGAAUUGGUGGGUGAAUCCGGUAGAGUAAUUGGCAUAGAUCACAAAAAAGAAUUGGUUGAGCUGGCCAAACGUAAUAUUGAGAAGAGCCACUCUUAUUUGUUAUCGUCCGGUCGUAUCAUCAUGGUUGAAGGCGACGGUCGUGAGGGAUAUCCAGAUCACGGACCCUAUGACGCUAUACACGUUGGUGGAGCUACACCGGAGAUACCGCAGAUGUUGUUUGAUCAGUUGGCCCCGGGUGGUUGUAUGCUCGUUCCAGUGGGUCCAGCGGGCGGCGAUCAGCACUUAAUGCGGGUUGACAAAGAUGAAAAUGGUAUAAUGAAUGUUUGUCAUAUAAUGGGUGUUAUUUUUGGUGCUUUAUCAAGUAACUAA